AACGGCCGCGCCAAGAUGGUCCCUUUCGCGGGCUGGUCGAUGCCCAUCCAGUACAGGGACUCCAUCAUGGACUCCGCCCUCAACUGCCGGGCCCACGCGCUCUUCGACGUCUCCCACAUGUGCGGCCUCUCCCUCAAGGGGAAGGACGCCGUCCCCUUCGAGACCCUCGUCGUCGCCGACGUGGCGGGCCUGAAGCCGGCGGGGACCCUCACGGUGUUCACCAACGAGCGGGGCGCCAUCGACGAUUCGGUGGUGACCAGGGGCGGAGACGGCCACGUUUACCUGGUGCGUGAACGCCGGGCCGGCUGCAGGGACAAGGAUCUGGAGCACAUCGGGAAGCACAUGGAGGCUUUCAAGGCGAAGGGGAAGGACGUCGGCUGGCACGUGCACGACGAGAGGUCGCUGCUCGCGCUCCAGGGUCCUCUGGCUGCACCAGUUCUUCAGUUGCUGACAAAGGAUGAUCUAAGUAAAUUAUAUUUUGGUGAGUUUCGGAUGCUAGACAUCAACGGGUCACACUGUUUCCUCACAAGAACUGGCUACACUGGUGAAGAUGGAUUCGAGAUCUCUGUCCCCUCAGAGAAUGCUUUAGACCUCACCAAAGCAAUCCUUGAAAAAUCCGAAGGUAAAGUUCGCCUAACAGGGUUAGGCGCACGCGACAGCCUCCGCCUCGAAGCUGGCCUCUGCCUCUACGGUAACGACAUGGAGCAGCACAUCACGCCAGUAGAAGCCGGUCUCAGCUGGGCGAUUGGCAAGCGACGGAGAGCUGAAGGCGGAUUCCUGGGUGCCGAAGUGAUCCUCAAGCAGCUUCAAGAGGGUCCACAAAUCAGACGUGUGGGCCUCUUCUCGUCAGGCCCACCUGCAAGGAGCCAUAGCGAGAUCUUGAGCUCAAGUGGAGAAAAGCUCGGAGAGGUGACCAGCGGCGGAUUUAGCCCGUGCUUGAAGAAGAAUAUCGCGAUGGGGUAUGUGAAGUCCGGUAACCAUAAGCCAGGGACCGAGGUUAAGGUUGUGGUUCGAGGGAAAUCGUACGAUGGGGUUGUUACGAAAAUGCCAUUUGUUCCUACAAAAUACUAUAAGCCGACUUAAGCGAAGCGAGGAAUUGUCUUUUUUACAUACAUUAGUUCUGAUGAAUGCUGUUACUUGACAUUCCUUUAUGUGAUGUUACAUCUCUUUUUCAAGAGGCUGUGCUUUUGUUUUUCUCCUUCAUUUGGACAUGAAAGUUACAUAUUGGAGAUUUUCUUGCAACAGGGAGUUCUCAUGAGAAUUGGGGGAUUUGUUA